CGGCCUGAGGGGAGCGGGGCCGCCCACGAGCCGCUGCUCCCUGCUGACCGCUGCGCCACCAGGGGGCGCUUUGACGGAGCGCGCCUCCCGCAUAGGUUUGUCCCUCGGCGGCGGCCGUCGAGGGCGGGGUAAGAUGGCGCCGGCCAGCUGAGCCCUCGUGUGCUGCGCUCCCGGUGCCGGUGCAGCCAUGUCGGGCCGCCAGGGCAACAAACUGCCCAGCAACCUGCCCCAGCUGCAGAACCUCAUCAAGCGCGACCCCACCUCCUACACCGAGGAGUUCCUGCAGCAGUACAACCACUACCAGUCCCAUGUGGAGAUCUUCACCUUCCAGCCGGACAAGCCCAGUAAGGAGCUGGCCGAGCUGCUCAUGUUCCUGGCGCAGGUUGCCCACUGCUACCCCGAGCACAUGGCCAGCUUCCCGCAGCAGCUGAAGGAGCUGCUCGCCUACCACCACACGGUGCUGGACCCCGACCUGCGCAUGACCUUCUGUAAGGCUCUGAUGCUGUUGAGAAACAAGAACCUAAUCAACCCCACGAGUUUGCUGGAGCUCUUCUUUCAGCUGCUGCGGUGCCACGAUAAACUGCUACGGAAGACCUUGUACACUCACAUUGUGACAGACAUCAAGAACGUCAAUGCUAAACACAAGAACAAUAAAGUGAACACGGCACUGCAGAACUUCAUGUACACCAUGCUGAGAGACAGCAAUCCCACUGCUGCCAAGAUAUCUCUGGAUGUGAUGAUAGAGCUCUACAGGAGGAAUAUUUGGAAUGAUGCCAAAACAGUCAAUGUCAUCACAACUGCCUGCUUUUCCAAGGUGACCAAGGUGUUAGUUGCUAGUUUGAAGUUCUUCCUUGGGAAAGAUGAGGAUGAGAAACAAGGCAGCGAGUCGGAGUCUGAGGAUGAUGGCCCCACGGCCAGAGAUCUGAUGAUGCGCUAUGCCACCAACAAGAAAACCACCAAGCGCAAGAAGAAACUGGAGAAAGCCAUGAAGGUCCUCAAGAAGCAGAAAAAGAAGAGCAAGCCAGAGGUGUUUAACUUUUCUGCCAUUCACUUGAUUCAUGAUCCCCAGGACUUUGCUGAAAAACUGCUGAAGCAGCUGGAGAACUGCAAGGAGCGAUUUGAAGUGAAGAUGAUGCUCAUGGACCUGAUAUCUAGGCUUGUUGGAAUACAUGAGCUUUUUCUUUUUAAUUUCUACCCCUUUGUUCAGAGGUUCCUCCAGCCCCAUCAGAGGGAAGUGACAAAGAUUCUUCUGUUUGCUGCACAGGCUUCACAUCAGCUGGUACCACCUGAGAUUAUCCAGUCAGUGUUGAUGACCAUUGCCAACAACUUUGUCACAGACAAGAAUUCUGGGGAGGUCAUGACUGUAGGAAUCAACGCAAUAAAAGAAAUCACUGCGAGGUGUCCCUUAGCCAUGACUGAAGAUCUGCUCCAAGACCUUGUUCAGUACAAGACACAUAAAAAUAAAAAUGUGAUGAUGUCUGCAAGAACUCUGAUACACCUGUUCCGCUCUCUGAAUCCAGAGAUGCUGCAGAAGAAGUUCAGGGGUAAGCCUACUGAGGCCUCAGUGGAAGCCAGGAUUCAUGAAUAUGGAGAACUGGAUGCCAAAGACUACAUUCCAGGAGCAGAAGUACUGGAGGUUGAGGAUCAAAAGGAAAAGGGAGGAACCCAAGAGGAAGAAGAGAUGGAAGAGCCUUUAAAAGCAAGGCAGAUUUGGAGAAUGAAGUCUGAGUGCCUUGAAGAUGCUGCAGAUGGCUGGGAAAGUGCUAGCCUGAGUGAAGAGGAGGACAAUGAUGAUGGAGAAUGGAUUGAUGUGCAUCACUCCUCGGACGAGGAGCAGCAGCAACAAGUAGCAGAAAAAGUGAAAAGCAUGCCCAUAGAGGAACGGAAAGCCAAAGCUGCAGCAGUCAGUACAAGCAGGCUGCUAACUCAGGAAGACUUCAAGAAAAUACGUCUUGCCCAGCUUUCCAAAGAAAUCAAUUCUGCACCUGGCAAAGCUGCCAAGCGCAAAUAUAUUGAAAUAGAUGAUGAAGAGGAGGAGGAGGGCAGGGGAGAGUUGCUUUCACUUAGAGAUAUUGAACAUCUACAUAAGAAGCCCAAGUCGGACAAGGAGACCAGACUGGCAACUGCAAAGGCUGGAAAAACAGACAGAAAGGAAUUUGUGAAAAAGAAAACCAAGAUUAACCCAUUUGCCAGCUCUUCCAACAAAGAAAAGCAAAAGAACAAGAACUUCAUGAUGAUGAGGUACAGCCACAGCGUCCGGACCAAGAACAAGCGUUCCUUUAGGGAGAAACAGCUGGCUCUUAGAGAUGCACUUCUGAAAAAGAGAAAACAGCUGCUGAAAUAAAUGCUGGAGAGAGCUUCAUCACCCUUGAAGUCACCCUGGAGAUGCUGAUUUGCACCCACCAUCACCCUGAGGGAAAGGAGGACUGUGGUGCCUUACAGACUUAGCUGUGAUCUGUUUGGAAAUGCAAAUGGAACUCUUGCAAGCUGAUGGACACUGCAUUAAUAGGACGCAGGCCUUAAUCCUUGGAGGAUUUGAUGUUGUUUUUAAAGCGUUGUAGGGAAGAAGGCAAUUAUAUUUUUAUUUCAUGUAAUUUACUUACAGUGGGUUUUGUAUGUGGAAGUAUUAAAAUACACAACUGUAUGGUAAAGAUUCUACUUGAGGCAAUUAAUGACUAAGCAACAGAAAGAAAAAAAGAAUAUUCUGGUCAGUCUAUAAAGCA